AUGGUAGAGUUUUGGGGGGCUGCUGGGGAGAGCCGCUCCGAGACUCCGCGCCUCGUAGCCCUGGUCCCGCCCCAUUCAGGAUGCCCCCGCGGCUCUGCGGAGCGCGGCCCAGGCGCCCGCCUCGGAGGCGCCGCCCCUUGCGAACCUUCGCUAGCGCCCCCAGCGGGCGAGGCGGUUGCCAGGAGACCGGGGGACGCGCGGAGCGCCGGGUUUCGGCCCCCCUUCUCAGCCUGCGGCCCAGUUUCCGCGAUCUCCACAGCUGCCUCUGAGGCCACCCGCAGAACGCGCCAGGAUGGCCGAGGUCAGAAGUCAGCGCCCCCUUCUCUGUCGCCUCUCCUUCGACCCCUCCCCGUCGUCUCUCUUCUGCUAUCCCGUGUCACAUCCACCGAUUCCGAAUGGUCCCUCAGUCAGCAUCCUAUCCCCACCCACAACCGCACUCCCUACCGCCCCCGCUCCGGUUCUCUUUGGCGCUGGGAAAAGGCUGAAAAGCUAGUGCUGGAGGAAACUGCAUAUGAAGAAAUCGAAAGGGAUUUUCAGGAGGUUCUCAAUGAACUCUCAGGGGACAGAAGUUUGGAGAAAUUUAAGGUUGAAUAUGAGAAGCUUCAUGCCGUCAUGAAAAAGUCUUAUGACAAUGAAAAGCGUCUGAUGGCCAAGUGCAGAGAGCUGAACGCAGAGAUCGUGGUUAAUUCUGCUAAGGUCGCCACUGCCCUGAAGCUCUCUCAGGAUGAUCAGACCACCAUCGCAUCCCUGAAGAAGGAAAUUGAAAAGGCCUGGAAGAUGGUGGAUUCAGCCUAUGAUAAAGAGCAGAAGGCAAAGGAGACGAUUCUUGCCCUGAAAGAGGAAAUCGUGAACCUAACCAAACUAGUCGAGCAAGGGUCUGGACUGUCCAUGGACCAAGAUAGCAAUAUCCGGGACUUGCUGAAGUUCAAAGAAGAGGUGACAAAGGAGCGAGACCAGCUGUUGUCAGAAGUGGUGAAAUUACGAGAGUGCUUAGCUCAGACCGUUGAACAGCAGCAGGAAAUGGAGCGGUCCAGGGAAGAGGCGGAGCAGACCCUCAGUCAGUUCCAACAAGAAAUCCAGCAACGUCAGAAUGAAGCCUCACGGGAGACCCGGAAGAAAGAAAAACUAGAGAAGGAGCUCAGGCAGAUUCAGACGGACAUGGACAGCAGGCAGACGGAAAUCAAGGCGCUGCAGCAGUAUGUUCAGAAGAGCAAGGAGGAGCUUCAGAGGCUGGAGCAGCAGCUGAAAGAGCAGAAGAUACUUAAUGAGAGAGCCGCAAAGGAGCUGGAGCAGUUUCAGAUGAGAAAUGCUAAACUUCAGCAAGAGAACGAACAGCACAGUUUGGUUUGUGAGCAGCUAUCCCAAGAAAACCAGCAGAAGGCGUUGGAGCUCAAAGCCAAAGAAGAAGAAGUCCAUCAGAUGCGCCUUGACAUUGGGAAGCUCAACAAAAUCAGAGAACAAAUCCAUAAGAAAUUGCACCAGAUUGAAGAUCAAAAGGGAGAAGUGGAGCAGCACAAGGAAACCCUGAAAAAUCAGAUCUCGGGACUAGAGAGAGAGGUGGAAGCCUCAAAGAAACAAGCAGAACUUGAUAAGAAAGCAAUGGAUGAGCUUCUGAGAGAAAGGGACAUAUUGAAUAAGAAUAUGCUUAAGGCGGUCAGUGCAACCCAGAAACAGAUAGACCUGGUAAAGCUCCAUGAACAAGCCAAGAGGAAUCUGGAAGAAGAAAUCCAAAACUACAAAGAGGAGGCUCAGAAGCAGAGAAAGAUCAUCUUUCAACUGGAAAAGGAACGAGAUCGGUACAUCAAUGAAGCCAGUGACCUUACCCAAAAGGUCCUCAUGAACAUGGAAGACAUAAAAGUUCGUGAAAUGCAGAUUUUUGACUAUAGGAAAAAAAUUGCUGAAUCAGAGACUAAAUUAAAACAGCAACAGAACCUGUAUGAAGCUGUGAGGUCAGACAGGAAUCUGUAUAGUAAAAAUCUGGUUGAGGCUCAGGAUGAAAUAACAGAAAUGAAGAGAAAAUUAAAGAUUAUGACCCAUCAGGUAGAUCAACUGAAAGAAGAAAUCUCAGCUAAGGAGUCAGCGCUUGUGAAACUACAUCUGGAACAGCAGCGCAUAGAAAAGGAGAAGGAAACCCUGAAGGCCGAGCUGCAGAAGCUGAGACAACAAGCCCUGGAGACCAAACACUUCAUUGAAAAGCAGGAAGCCGAGGAGAGAAAACUCUUGCGAAUUAUAGCAGAGGCUGAUGGGGAGAGGCUGAGACAAAAGAAGGAGUUGGACCAGGUCAUCAGCGAGAGAGAUAUCCUUGGGUCGCAGCUAGUUCGGCGCAAUGAUGAGUUGGCUUUGCUUUAUGAGAAGAUCAAGAUCCAGCAGUCUGUGCUGAAUAAAGGCGAGAGCCAGUAUAACCAGAGGUUGGAGGACAUGAGAAUCCUCAAACUUGAGAUCAAGAAGCUUCGCCGGGAGAAAGGGAUUCUUGCCAGGAGUGUGGCCAAUGUCGAUGAACUCAGGCAGGAGCUUUUUCACACGCAAAGAGAGUUCCUGAAGGAGAGGACGAGAUGCCGAGCCUUGGAGGAGGAACUGGAGAACCCCAUGAACGUGCACAGAUGGAGGAAGCUUGAGGCCAGUGACCCCAGUACCUUUGAGCUGAUACAGAAAAUACAUACACUGCAGAAGCGUCUCAUCAGCAAGACAGAAGAGGUGGUUGAAAAAGAGCUGCUCCUCCAGGAAAAGGAGAAACUGUAUGUGGAACUAAAGCACAUCCUGGCUCGGCAGCCUGGGCCCGAGGCUGCGGAGCAGCUGCAGAUCUAUCGCCACACACUGCGGGAGAAGACCAAGCAGCUUAAAGUUUUGUCUUCAGAAUUGAAUAUGUAUGAGUCACAGAGCCAAGAAUACAAGUACGAGAUCGAAAAACUUACCAACGAACUGCUGAAUUUAAAGAAGAAAUACCUUGCUCAGAAACGUAAAGAAUACAUUCAGAAAAACAAGGACAGAAUAAGCAUGGAGGACACCUUCUCAAUGGCCAAACCAAGUGGCCCUCGUUUUACUGGGGGUGGAUUUCCCCUCAGCAAGUCAUCCAAGGUGAAGUCAUAA